AGAGAGAGAGAGAGAGAGAGAGAGAGAGAGAGAGAGAGAGAGAGAGAGAGAGAGAGAGAGAGAGAGAUAAUUAAUCGAGUUCGUUGAUCGACAUUCAAAGUCCUUCAAGCUAUUUCAGUCUGACGUUACAGAGACGUUGCUGCGUUUCUUUGCGGUCAAGCUCGUUAUCGUAUUCGACCUUCCACGCUCUCGAUCCUUUCCGUUAUAGACGAUUCACUCUGACGUUUCUUUUGAGUCACUACAUACCAUCACAACUGAUGGGCUUUUCCAUUCCUUUCAAUUUAGUCUUCUUCGUCUUCUUUCGUUAUCGUCGUGUAGAAAAAGAACUCCGACGUUCGAGUUGACGUCCGAGUUGAAACGCGUUGGUGCUAAAACGUUUUGUGUGUGCUUCGUCGAGUUGAUGAAAGACAUGGUUUGCUAUUGGAUCUUCAUGGAGGAUGUUGCGUCGAGCACGUGGCCCGCAAGUUUUACGCUUGGCAUACAAAGACCAUCGUAAAAGCGUAGCCUGAGCAGCGGCAGCUGCUGCGUAUGACUAUAAAUGGAACGUUAAGAAGGGACAUCGAUGCGUGUUAUGUUCAACGAAGGAAAAAGUAAUCUGCGAGUAAAAUCGUCGACGAUUUAAUUAUCAAGACGACGAAAUUUUAUAAUCCGAUCGAUUGACCUUGUUAAUAUUAUUAAAGAAAAAGAGAGAGGGAGAGAAAGAGACACAAACACACACACCCACACACACACACAGAGGUACAGACAUACGCGCGCGCGCUCGCGUAUACAGAUCAGAAUAAACAAGGUGCGAAGAGGCUAUAAAAUGGGGUUGUUGAAAUGGCAGAGGGACAUUUUGAAAAUCUUUGCUUCGACGCAUGCGUCGAGCCCCAGUCCGACGUCUGAUGGAGCACGAUGAGAUUGAAGAAGGAGAAGAGGAGGUGAAGGUGCUAGAGAAAGCUUCGGAAAUUGAAGAGACGCGGAUUUGUGAUGUUUCUACGAACGAAUCGAUAUAAAUAGGACGAAAUUGGAUAUCAUCGUGACGUUUAAAUCAAACGUGUUAGAUCGAAUUAAUCGUUUCAAAUAUCAUUUAUCCGGGAUAUUAUUUUUCUAUAAUACAAGAGUAACAGUAAGGCAAUUAGGUUGAUAAAAGAUGCCUGGAGAAAAUCGUGAGGAUCAGAUCAAUCAUUCUUCGCUAGGUCUACCAGAUGAUACUCGUCAAGGAUCAUUAAGUUCAUCUCCACGUCGAUCAAGCAACACUAUGAUUCCUUUGCCACGUUCAACGAAAUUCGUGUCAUCGACCAAUACACUGAAUCCAAAGACUGUAAAGACUAAGAGAAAUCGUUUGAGAUUGAUCAUGGAGAACAAGGAAGCUUUUGAUGCUAUAGAGAAGGAAGAUCAAGAGGAUAGAUCUUAUGACGAUCGUUUUAGAAGAACUUCGACGACUUUACGAUACUCCAAAGUCACACGGGAUACUUAUCGGACUAGCGAUUGCAAGGAGGACGUCGAGGUGAUAGCAUCUAAAAAAACUUGGGGUUUGUUCCCGGAGGAAAAUCAAGAAGGAAGUGGAGGUGGUGGAGGUGUUAUAAGAGUAGGAGAAAGAGGAGGAUUGAUAGGGGAUCCUCAUCGCUCGUACGAGAGAUUCGAAUUGGAAGACUGCGUUGGUAGUAGCGGUUUAGGUAGCAGCAGUAGUAGCAGCAGUAGUAGCAACAAUUUGGCUAGCAGCAGAUAUAAUCAGCAAAGUGUUAGGCGCCCCAUUCGUAUUUUUGAACGUGGUAGUACGGCCCUGGUUUACCCCGUGGUCGUCGCGGCGCACGAGCCGGAGACAAGCUGCUCGAGACGUCCAGCCGCUUUAGCGGUGCCGGCAGUGCCGGUGGUGGCGGCACCCACGACGACCACCACCACCACCACCACGGCUGCCACGACGGCUACAACAGCAGCGGCAGCGGCAGCGGCCGUACGAUCAGUAGCCGCUGCCAAGAACUUGCUCAUUGAUGCUACUGAUGCUGAUCUACGUGGAUCUACUUACCUAUCAUCAAGUUUUAUCAAGGAUACUAAGAAAGAGGAUGCCAUGGAACCUGAGAUCAAAGAAGAAGACGAACGGAGAUCGUCCGCCUCCAGUCCUGAGUUUUAUGUGAGACGAAACAAAUGUUACAACGAGGAUGGCAGUAGCGAGGAAGAAAACAAGCCAGGUUGUUCUUUACAAAGUCAUGGAUUAUUGCCCUCUUCCUACAGUGGAACUUGGCCCAUUCGAAGAGAUUUAUGGGCGACCCAACAAAUGGGAUUUUCCAAUCAACAAAGUACAUCGAGCUCUACUCAUAACGACGUGGCAAGCGUUAUGAGUUUCUCUUCAAAUUCUGGUACAAUGCUCGGUACUUCGACGGAAAUGCAAGGUCAUCGUAGAUUGGGGGCUAAGGUAGACGUCGUCUAUAAUUUGUUGAGCAUGCUUGGAAGUUCCGAAGGUCGAGAGGACAUGAGCUCAACUUUAUUAUCCAUGAGUACUUCAAUCGACAGCUGUCUCGUCAUGAGACAAUCAGGUUGUCUACCUUUGCUCGUUCAAUUGAUUCACGCUCCUGGACAAGAUCCAGAAACGAGAGAAAGGGCGUCUCGUGCAUUGCACAAUGUUGUACACGCUAAGAGCGACGAGAGAGCUGGACGUCGGGAGGCCCGAGUUCUCAGGUUUCUCGAACAAUUACGAGAUUAUUGUCAAUCGUUGAGAACGUCAUUGGAAUCGGGACAGGCACCGGAUCUUGAGAAACAUCCAGGAGCAACGAUAGCGGGCCUGAUGAAAUUAUCAUUCGACGAGGCACAUCGUCAUGCGAUGUGCCAACUCGGUGGCCUUCAUGCUGUUGCCGAAUUAAUAGAGAUGGAUCAUUUGGCUCAUGGUAGCGAAUGCGACGAUCAAAAUUGUAUAACUUUGAGAAGAUAUGCGGGCAUGGCAUUGACGAAUUUAACGUUCGGCGACGGUAAUAACAAGGCUCUUUUAUGUUCGUUUCGAGAAUUUAUGAAAGCAUUGGUCUCGCAAUUACGAAGUCCCAGCGAUGAUCUCAGGCAAGUAACGGCAAGUGUAUUGCGAAAUUUAUCAUGGCGAGCCGAUAGUAGUAGCAAGCAAACGUUGAGAGAAGUAGGUGCUGUUACGGGAUUGAUGAAAGCCGCAAUGGAGGGUAGAAAAGAGUCUACCCUAAAGUCGAUAUUAUCGGCACUUUGGAAUUUAUCUGCUCAUUGUAGCACGAACAAAGUGGAUAUAUGCGCCGUUGACGGAGCACUUGCUUUUCUCGUUGAUAUGUUGAGUUACAAUGCCCCGUCGAAAACUUUGGCCAUUGUUGAAAAUGCCGGUGGUAUAUUGAGAAACGUUUCCUGUCACGUCGCAGUUAGAGAAGAUUACAGAGCAAUCGUACGAGAAAGGGGUUGCUUGCAGGUACUUUUGCAACAAUUACGAUCGCCUAGUCUCACGGUUGUUAGUAAUGCAUGCGGAGCCCUUUGGAAUCUCUCAGCUAGAUGUCCACAAGAUCAACGUCUUCUUUGGUCCUUGGGUGCGGUACCCAUGUUACGUAGUCUCGUACAUUCGAAACACAAAAUGAUAUCGAUGGGUUCCAGUGCUGCGUUAAAAAAUUUACUCAAUGCCAGACCUGGAUGUAGCAAUAUCGUUCAAUUGGAUUCAACCGCGCGUGGACUUGGAUUACCAACUUUACCUUUUCUCGCGGCUCGACGACAACGUGCUCUUGAACAAGAGAUCGAUCAGAAUUUAGCCGAAACUUGCGACAAUAUAGAACCCAGUACUUCACCAACGAACAAGGAUGAUAAAUUCACGUUCAAGGUCGAUCACAGUUUCCUCUCUGUUAAUAAUCGCGGAUUACGUUCUUAUCAAUUGUACAAUCAAUCGAGUACGUCUGGGACUAAUAAAUGCAAUGGAGUUUCUAGGAGCGAAAGUAGAGAAUCCAUGAGAUCGGUAACUAGUACACAUUCGGAUACGAUGUUCGAAAGGGUUCAUCGGCAUGUCCUAAAUGGAAUGUCACCGACCGAGACACAAGGUAAACAAUCAUUGUCGUUACACGCAGCGACAGGAUUCGACAAUGGAAUACAAAUGGAUAAUCCAAAAGCGACUUCGUCUGAAAAGAAAUACACGUUACGUUACAAAAAUGCUAUACCAGAAAAUCUCAGACCUAAUGAUAUUGAAUUCAGUAACGUUAGUGAAUUACGUUCGACUACUUCUACUAUAUCAUGGUCAUCAGUGCCUGAUCAAGAAGCUGUUUGCUCGCAAACUUUAUUACAUUCUUCUGUCGAAGACAAUGCUUCGUUACUCAAUCAAAGUAUGUCAUCUACUUCUAAAUUUAACAGCCAAUCCAGCGUCUCGGAUGAAACAGACGUAACUGUUUGUAAGAAUUCUGAAUAUAGAUCCGAUAUUCCAAAAUCUAAAUCUGAUAUCCCCUCGCAACUAUCUUACGUACCUGAUAAUUUUUCGAGUAAUCAAUGCGAGGAUUACGAUCGCAUGUAUACGGACAAUUCGUUGUUACAUCAAUGCGAUCCUCUUAAUUCUAUUCAAAAUGCGAUCUCACCAACGUUGAGUCAUAAUUCUGAAGAAUCUCUGUUUCGAAAUUAUGCUGAAACUGAUCUUGAUCAACCAACGGAUUACAGUAUAAGAUAUGCUGAACAAACUGUAGAGGAUGACGAGAAACAACAUGCCGCUUAUUAUGUGACUACCGAACAAGGUCUUAUUCAAGAGGACACGAUUAAAAUGUAUUGUACGGAAGGCACACCACGUGGGAUUUCAUUGAAUUCGUCUCGGGCCGCUUCGUCUUCCGAUUUACAAGAAGAUAGUAAAAUAAAAAGUUUAUCGAGAAAAUUGCUAGAACCUAAUAAAUUAAAUGACAUCGAGCACAACGAGAAAGCUUCAUCUUUAAUGAAUAUCGAGAAAGCCAAUAAUCGUUUUACUAAUCAAGAUAAAAAGCAAGAUUUCGAUAUCGCGAGCAAAUUUAUAGAGAAAAAAUGGCAGGAAUCAGUACCAGGUAGUUGUCAAUAUAAUAAAGAUAAUUCUACGAAAGUAAAUUCAACUGAAGUUAAAACAGAUAAGCAUGAGAUACCAAUUAAUCAAAGUAUCACAUUUGAUACUGAAUCUAAAUCCUCGAAAGAAUUAUUUUUGAACAAAGGUACGUCUUAUGUGGGAAAUAUAGAUCAAGCCAGUGACGUUGAUGAAGAUGAUGAAGAUCUACUUGCUGCUUGUAUCAACAUUGGAAUGCAAAACAAUAGACAUAGGCAUUCCUUUAUAGGUAAUAGUUUUGAGAAACUUCCAAGAGCAGAGAGUAAUUUAAUGAGAUAUCAAACGAGCAUUGCGUUGGAUCAAGUAGAAUCUAAUGAUUCUAUUGGUUCUGCUACUGAUUCUUUUAAUCCAAUACAACCAGAACCUACUGGAAAAGCACUGCCUAUAAAUACUUUGAGAGAACAUUCAUCAGUUUUGUUGGAUACGACGAAAUCGUUCAAGGACGAUUUAUUGAUAACCAAAGAAGAUCAAACGGAAUUGGCGGAGGAAUUAAACGACAAAGAAAAAUCGAUGGCAUCUCAAAAUAUCCAGAAACAUUCUUCGAACAGUAACAUUAGUGAAAUUAGCGUAACGGAUAACGAUAAUUUCUCUGUCCAUACUAUACCAUCGACAAUAGAUAUAACUCUUAGUAGUAAGGAAACAAGUACGUCUAAUAUCGAAUAUUCUUUGCAAGAUAAAUUGGAGUUUUCGAACGAGCAUUGCAAAACUUUCAAGAUAGAUCUUUGCUCUAGCAAAGAUCUUAAAGUAACAGAAUCUACGAAAUGGAAAGAGAAAUUAUUAAAGGAGACAGAAAUUAUAGAGAAUAUGUGCGAGACGAGAAUGAAAAGUACAGAUUCUGAAAGCAGUAAUUCCAUUGAUUCUGUAGAACAAUCGGAACAUGCAUUGUUAGAAUUAUGCAUACAGACAGGACUUCCUAAUGCGAGUGAAAAUAUUGCGGGAAAACGUAGUACUAUAAUCAAGCAUCAGAAAUUAAACGAUGAAUCUUACACUCAUUUAAAAGCUUCCUUCAAAGAUAAUGAGAUUAAUGAUAAUAUAACGAAGGAUGACGUUGACGAGAAGGAGACAUAUGUCAUUGAUAAAACGACAAAACGUGUGGAAGAAGAUGUUUAUAGACGUCAACGUGAUCCCGAUGCCAUGAUCGCAUCAUUAGAUCGGCUUACAGCUACUUUGGUACAACAAACCGAGGCAAUACGAGAAAGAGAUUCAAAUACGAUGAAACAAAGUAUAUUAAGUGAUACAUGGAACGAAGAUUCCCCGAAUGAAGUUUCUUUUCCAAGUAUCAGCAUCAGUGCUCCUAUAGUACCAUCGUUCAAAAGUGACGUCCCUGAUGGUCAAACUACAAUCAUGUCGGAUAUCGCAGAAGGCGAAGACGAUGAGCACGUAAAUAUGACAGAUUCUAAAAUUAUUCAACAGGAAGCGAUUAAAUUGGCAGAAGCUGUUGAUGCCGAGGUAAAUAAACAAAAUGAAAUGGAAACGACGAGUAUGACAUCUAUCGAUCUCGAUGCUAUUAAACCACCAUCUUCGAUGGGAAGUUUGUUAUCUUUGACCGCCAGUUACGCUGGACCUACGGACAAUACAGAAAGUUAUGUCAAUAGGGACAGAUGUUAUUCCACAUCUCUUCCGCCUGUUCAAACUAAGAAUCAAUCGGGCGUUGAUUCGCGAAAUUGUCGCAAGAAAUCUUUGCCUCUUGGUGUUGUAGCUAAAAGAGCAUUGAAUCAAGGACAAAGUCACACGGGUAGUUUAGAAAAUUUACUCAACGAUUGUGUACACUCACAUUUGGAAAAUGUUAAGCCACCAUCUGUAAUGGAUGAAUUGUUCGAUGUCGGAGAUAUGGAAAACAGUAUGUUAAGCGUAGCGAGUAUUACUUCGGAAGUGGCUGAUAAUAAGGAUCACGAUUCGCAUUCUUUAUCAGGGAGUGAUCCAGUAUUUGAUUUACUUAAACCGGUAGCUAAUGUUUUGUCAAUUACUUGCAUGCGAUAUGCCGAAGGUAUGCAAUCGAGCGGUAACAAUAGUCUCAGUGAAUAUUUGGAAAACAUUAAUCCUCCAUCUCUUUUCAAUGAAGUGAAUGAAAUGGAUCAAUCGACGAUGGAAGGAAAUACGGAUACCCUUUGUAACGAUACCCUAUGCAUAGAUACAGAAUUACGCACGGAGGAGGUGCCACCUACUUUGGUAGAAGCUAUCGACGAAGGGGAAAAUGAUACUGACGAAGGAAUUACUACUAUUUCUUCGGAAUAUUGCGUCAGUAGCUCUGCGGAGUCGACUCCGAAGAAGAGAUCGAAUAAAAAUCAUUUAACACCUAAACAAAAGAGAAACUUAGCUAAGGAAAGAUACAAAACUUAUACGAUUGCCGCUGAAUUCGUUAAGAAGGAGGAAGAGAGACGUAAACAGGAGGGUAAACCGGUUGAGACGCCGAAUAAAAUAACACAAGGCAAGUGUUCUCCUUUUUCCAAAUUAACACCCAAGCAACGUAGACAAGAGGAUAGGGCACGUUUUCAAACUCAAGUACUUGAAAAUCCGUUUCCAAUUAUCAAUGCAAUUGUAAGUAACAAAGAAGAGAUUGAUCAAACCUGUCAACAAAAGGAUCCAGAAGUUGUAGAUCCAGCGACUGCUGGUAAAUCUUCCAUUCCUACGCUUACGAAAUUGCCGAUGCCUAGGGCAUUGAGAAAGAAACGUGCAGAAAAUCAAGAAAAUAAAGAAAGAUAUCGCACAAGAACGUUAAAUGAUUCGGAGUGUAUGCAAAAGGUUGAUGAUUGUGACAUAGACCCAACGGCAAAUACUUUGGAAAAGGAAGGCACAGAUAACGUCCACAAUAUCGCGUUAGAAGAAAUUAAUAAUAUGUUGGAGCAUAAUGCUACUAUAGUAUUAAAUACCUUGAAUGAAUCUAGUAAAGCUCAUGCCGUCUCUCUCGGAGAUGAUGUUUUAUUGGAUCAAGAAACUUUAAGUUUAGUAUCGAACGAAUCCGGAUCAGAACAAAGUCUAAGAUUAUGUUUUGUUAAUGGAGUUUCCAAAAGAUUAAUGGACACGUAUACCAAUCAAGCUGAUAUUUCGCAAAGAUAUGAUCACAAUGUUCAAGAAGAAAAGGAUAAAUCGGACGUAGAACGUGCACCGGAAGAAAAUGAUCCUAUAGAAUCUGGAAGCGAUAAUGGAUCUAAUUGCACGGAGGAACAAUGUCAGGUAAUUAAACGUCCACGUAUAAUUAAGCCAGGAAUGGGUAGUAGUAGAGAUGUUAGUGCAGAUUCAAAUACUACGGACAAGUCGGAACCAGGAAGUCCAAAAGCUAUUCGCGGAAGGAGAAAAGCGUUAUAUUCGAAUCCAAUUACGCGUAAACCAACUCCACAGUCAUCUCCAUUGAAACAUCCAACUCCUGUUAGUGCUAUUCCUAUCGGACGUAGUAACACUUCUCCUAUUGUUAGAACAACCAGGGCCAUUGCUCUUAGACAAAGUAAUAGUCCAGGUGUAACACCUCCUACAACAACAAAAGAACCAACAUUAAAAACAAAUACUAGUCCAAAGAUAUCCUCUGCCAUUGCUAAUUACGAAAAUAAAAUAAAAAAUGCUAACGCCGCGAGUAAAAGGACAUCGCUACCGAACAAGGGAUCUUCGUUAACAUUUACCAGAUCCAACAAACGUCAUAGUACGCCUGCAUGCUCGUCGAGUAGCCAAAAUGAAUCUAAAGUCGAAGUACCAACAAAACAAUUAGAACGUCAGGGAACAUUCACUAAGGAUGAACCAGAAGUAGAAAAUGCACCGACGGUAUUUUCACCGGCUUCGCCUAUAAAGACAAAAAUUGCUAAGCCAAUAAAGGGAACGACGAAAAUUCAUCCAGCCGUUGGAAAAUCUAAAAUUUCUGUGAGAUCUCAUCAAACGUAUCAGACGAAGGGUGUUAAAGCAAAUGGGAUAGAAAAACCGCAAGUAUCGAAGAUCAUGCCGACAUUAGGAAUUCCUAAAAGUGGUACUAAAGUAACUGGAACGAGUAAAGGCUUAACCAAUAAUCAAAGUACAUUGCAAAAUGAUAAUGGAAAAGUUUUUCGUAAAAUAGGACCCUUGGGUCAGAGAUCUAACAGCAAUUCUAGCAUCAUAUCCGACACAUCAAGUGGCGUACAAAAUCGUAGAUUGGCGAAGGAAGCGACGAGUAAAAUCGCUAGUCUAUGGAAGAAGGUAGAAGAAAACAAAAGUAAACAAUUAUCCGAUAAAUCGGAUGGGAAAAAAUGGAUUACACCUGGUAACGGUACGGCAGAGAUAGACGGACAAAUUAUUUCGAGUAAACCACCCGCAUUUAGAUUGUUCCGUAGUUCUACGUUUGAAGGGGUUCCUCAAGAUGACAGUCAUAAGGUGUCCAUGCAAAAGUCAAGAUCUAAACAGCCAUUAAUAACAAACGUUCAAGCCAAUGGAGUGAAGUAUAGAAAUUCGUGCGAUUUGAGUGGUAUGAACGCAAAUGAGGCACCAUGUAAGAUUCCUGUUAAAUCAUCUAAUCCUGUUACAUCAAAGAAGGACAACAUCGUGCAAGGAGAUAAUACCGUUAUUUUACGACGUCAACAGGGAAGCGAUGCUGGAAAUGAAAUUGACAGUAUAAAGCGUAUGUCACGCCUUGGCUCAUUUAUAACAGUAGACCCACCUAAUUCGGACAUUGCACAAAUACCAAUCAUGUCCGGGAAUGGACGUGUACCGGCAUCAGCUAUCGUACCACCCUUUAAUUACAAUCCAAAAGCAGACAUUCCUUCGCACAUAGUUAAGGGUAAAUCGGAUGAUUCCGAAGGAAAAUUUGAAAUAACUGAUAGUCAAACGGAAAUAGUCACGGCCUCUUCGAGAGUAACGACGGUAUAGAAAAACAUCAUUUUGAGUUUUGUAGCAGUAAUUUUUAUUGUUGCAAACCUAGUCAUUAUAAAAGUUGCUCCAUUUAUUUCGCAAUCAUGUUACUUUAAUAUUUUAAGUAUUUCGAUUUAUUCUUUCUAGUUAUUAUCUGGAUAAUUCGUGUGGUCGUAAUCAAUGUAUUUAUAUUUUGAUACGUUUCUCAAUAUAUACAUAUGCAUAUAUAUAUAUAUAUAUAUA